AUGGGUGGUUUACCUGUAAAUGCAAUAAAGGUUUUACUGGAAACGGCGUUUCUUGUAGUGAUAUCAACGAAUGCGCGUAUUCUAACAACUGCAGUAGUAGUUCAAGAGCUUCUUGCACCAACACUCAGUGGGAUCUUACCAAUGCGCAUGCAACAACGGAUAUACUGGAGAUGGAAUCCAUUGCGAAGGUGUGUCUCUUUUUUCAUGGAACGUUUUGAAGAUAUUGAUGAGUGUUCUCUGUCUACGCACAAUUGCGCUGAUAACACCAACUGCACCAACAUCAAUGGAUCUUAUCUAUGUACUUGUGACACUGUUCGAGAUGGGAACGAAAAUUCUUGCGAAGUGAAAUCGACAAGUGUUCGAUUGAGAGGCCCAUCACGUUUAAAAGGCGUUGGACGCGUUGAGAUUUUCCAUAAUGGAGUCUGGGGAACAAUUUGCGAUGAUACUUGGGAUAUAAAAGAUGCUAAUGUUGUAUGCAGAGAGCUUGGCUAUCUAAACGCAGCUAGAGUUCUUAGGGGUCAUUCAGCGAUUCCUGGGUCAGGGCGGAUAUGGUUAGACAGCGUUCAUUGCUCUGGAAACGAGGAACAUCUUACGAAUUGUUCUCAUUCUAUCUGGGGAACUCAUGAUUGUACCCAUCUUGACGAUGCGGGUGUUGAAUGUUCUAGAACAGAUAUCGACGAAUGCGUCUCAUCCGCAUUGCAUCACUGUCCACACACAACUCACUGCGUUAACACCGUGGGAAGCUUCUCAUGCGAAUGUAAUGAUGGUUACACCGGAUCCGGAGAUACUUGCACUGAUAUCAAUGAAUGUUUGUCAGAAAACAACUGUGAUUCUAACGCUGAUUGUUACAAUACGCGCGGGUCGUAUAGAUGCACAUGUAAAAAUGGAUAUUCUGGAAAUGGAACUGAAUGCACUGAUAUCGACGAAUGUUCCGUUUCUCUCCACAACUGUUUUUCAAGCUUAAACUGCACCAACGUUGAUGGAUCAUUUUUAUGCACGUGUGAUGAUAAAGAGAUUUGCCAAGGGAAAAAUAUCAGGUUAAAAGGACCAUCAAGUGCUAAUGGUACUGGUCGGGUGGAAGUAUUUCGUAACGGAAAAUGGGGAACAAUUUGUGAUGAUAACUGGGAUAUACAAGAUGCCAUAGUAGCAUGCCAUGAACUUGGUUAUCAGAGUGCUCUAAACGUUUUUGGAGCCGGACAAGUUCCUUCUGGUUCAGGAGAGAUUUGGUUAGACGAAGUUCGUUGUACUGGGAGUGAACGAAAUUUGACAAGUUGUUCUUCGAACCCCAUUGGACAUAAUGACUGCAGUCAUUCUGAAGACGCUGGAGUGCACUGUACCGCAGAAGAUGUUGAUUAUUGUACUUCGAACUUGAACAACUGUGGUGAUCAUUCUCAAUGUAUCGAUACUGUCGACGGGUUUUCUUGCAAAUGUGAUCAAGGCUACUUUGGAAGUGGCAUUAGCUGUUCUGAUAUAAAUGAAUGCUCCUCAAGUAACGCUUGUCACCCCAAUGCUCGAUGCAUCAACUCUAUUGGAUCAUACCAGUGCAUUUGUAACAGUGGUUACACCGGAAAUGGAACCGAUUGCCAAGAUAUAAAUGAAUGUGCUCUGCCCAUUUACACUUGUCAUCCAAAUUUAAAGUGCAACAACACGAAUGGAUCUUAUAUAUGCACAUGUGAUGGUGAACCAGCUGGAGACAACUCUCCUUGCUUAGAUGAAUCAAUGGGCAUUAGGUUAAGAGGACCAUCAAGUUCUAAAGGAGAUGGACGUGUUGAAAUUUUCCAUGACGGAAGAUGGGGAACAGUUUGUGAUGACAAUUGGGAUAUAAAAGAUGCAAGAGUUGUAUGCCGUCAGCUUGGUUAUUUAAAUGCUGUAAAUGCACUGCAAGGGAGUAAUUUCAUUACCGGUUCAGGGCCAAUAUGGUUAGACGAGGUUUCCUGUGCAGGGAGCGAGCACAAUUUGUCCAGUUGCUCUCAUCGGGGAUGGGGGAACAAUGACUGCUCUCAUUCUGAAGAUGCUGGUGUACAAUGUUCUUCCAAUGAUAUUGAUGAAUGUUCCUUGAAUACUCACCACUGCGCCAGUAAUUCCUACUGCGUAAACACUCACGGGAGUUUUUCUUGCGAAUGCAAAAAGGGAUUUACUGGAAACAACGUUACAUGCGUUGACAUCGAUGAAUGCUCGACAUUUGAUAAUUGCCACAAAAAUGCUUUUUGUACCAACAAAAUUGGUUCUUUUGAUUGCACAUGCAACGAUGGAUAUACAGGAAAUGGAACUUUUUGUCAAGAUAUUGAUGAAUGUUCACAAUCAUCGCACAACUGUAUGGCAAACUAUAAUUGCACCAACACAGAUGGAUCUUAUCUAUGCACCUGUGAUGCCAGGAAUGGAUCAACUUGUAAGUCAAAAAACGUCAGGUUACGAGGGUCGUCAGGUCAAAAAGGUGUUGGACGUGUUGAAGUACUUCGCAAUGGAACCUGGGGCACAGUCUGUGACACAAAUUGGGAUUUAAAAGAUGCGAAGGUUGUAUGCCGUGAGCUUGGUUAUCUGAAUGCUGUUAGAGCUCUUCAAGGAGGACAAGUAUCACGUGGAUCUGGACAGAUAUGGCUGAAUGAUGUAGCUUGCACUGGAAACGAGCAAUUUCUUAACAGUUGUUCUCAUCACUUGGCGUUUCGUAGUAAUAAUUGCGACCAUUCCAGAGAUGCUGGAGUUGAAUGCACUUCAACAGUUGCCCGUUACAACACAUACCUUAUCAAAUCAAGUGCUUAUGGCUACUUAAGCCGUUUCGGUGAACAUCAUCUACAAUUCUCAAGACAUCCUGGUAAUCAUUUUCGUUUCAUCAAAGAAAACAUCCUGCAAGAAGCAAAUUCUGGGAAAUGCGUUAUCGCACGAAGUGAUCUUUUUGUCACCCUUACUUAUCAUUGCGAUGGACCAAUUGCCAGCAGAUGGCGGUACGAUUCCGUUGGGCGACAUUUAAAACUUGUUAAUAAGUACCCAAAUUAUUGCGUAAGUCCUUGGCGCUUUCAUGGUAAACCUGGUCUUGAUAUUAGUCCUGGUGUGUCCCACCUUUGUAACUCAGGGAACCGGAUGGCACUGGAACUAGACAUCGAUGAAUGUUCCUUGAAAUUAGACAACUGUGGCAAUAAUUCAAGAUGUAUUGACACUCCUGGAGCAUUUUCCUGUGUAUGUCUUGAUGGUUAUUCCGGAAAUGGUAUAAUUUGCAAUGAUAUCGAUGAGUGUUCUACUUCCGCUCACAACUGUCUCCCAAAUGCAAGCUGCACCAACACUGAUGGAUCUUAUCUUUGUAUUUGUGAUAGUGACCAAUCUGGAGAUAAGUCUUCAUGCAAAGGCAGAGAUAUCAGGUUAAUAGGACCAUCAAGUUCAAACGGUACUGGUCGUGUGGAAAUAUUCCACUCAGGAAAAUGGGGAACAAUCUGUGAUGAUGAUUGGGAUAUAAAUGAUGCUCGUGUUGCAUGUCGUCAGCUUGGUUAUCGGUAUGCUCUAAAAGCUUUUCAAGGGGAACUUGUUGCUCCUGGUUCAGGACAGAUUUGGUUAGACCAAGUUGCUUGUACUGGGAAUGAGCGAAAUUUAACAAGUUGCCCUUCGAACGCCAUGGGAAGUCAUGACUGCAGUCAUUCUGAAGAUGCUGGAGUACAAUGUACUUCGGAAGAUAUCGAUUAUUGUGCCUUAGAGCUGGACAACUGCGAUAGCCAUGCUCAAUGCUCUAAAACCUUUGACGGAUUUUCAUGCAAAUGUAAUCAAGGUUUUACUGGAAGUGGUGUCAGUUGCACUGAUAUCAAUGAAUGUUCAUCAUCUAACAACUGUGAUUCAAACGCUCUUUGUGCCAACAAUGUUGGAUCAUACAUAUGCACAUGUAAAAAUGGAUAUAUUGGAAACGGAACUGUUUGUCAGGAUGAGGAUGAAUGCUCUGAUUUAACUCACGAUUGUCCAUCAAACACAAAUUGCAGCAACACUGUGGGUUCAUAUGUUUGCUGCAGUAAAAAUUCUGUUGUAGGAGAUCAAGGAAUCUGCCGAGAGAUUUCCCUGAGAUUACGAGGACCGUCGAGUUCAAAUGGUACUGGCCGGGUUGAAAUGUUCCAUAAUGGUCAAUGGGGAACAGUAUGUGAUGACAGUUGGGAUUUAAAAGAUGCUCGAGUGGUGUGUCGUCAGCUUGGUUAUCGGAGUGUUGUCAAAGCUUUGCCAGGAAGCCAAGUUCCUUCUGGCACUGGACAUAUUUGGUUAGACGAUGUUCAAUGUGUCGGAAGUGAGCUAAAUCUAACCAAUUGUUCGCAUCGUGGCUUGGGAGUCAACGACUGCAGCCACUCUGAAGAUGCCGGAGUAGAAUGUACAUCUAAAGAACUCGACUAUUGCUCCUUGGAAUUAGACGACUGUCAUAUCAAUGCUCAAUGCAUUAAGAAAGAUGGAUGGUUUUCAUGCAGAUGUAAUCCAGGUUAUAGUGGGAAUGGCGUUUCCUGUCGUGACAUCAAUGAAUGUUCCUUACCUAACACGUGUUCUUCCAACGCUACAUGCUCCAACACUCAAGGAUCUUACCGAUGCACGUGUAAAAGUGGAUUCAUUGGAAAUGGGACAAUUUGCCAAGAUAUAGACGAAUGUUCUCAAUCUACAUACAAUUGUCCUUUAAACACAACCUGCACCAAUACUGUUGGGUCAUAUCAGUGUUGUUAUCCCGAUUCAUCAGGAGUCUCUACGAUUUGCAAAGGGAUAGAUAUCAGGUUAGAAGGGCCAUCACGUUUGUAUGGUACUGGUCGUGUGGAAAUACGUCUUAAUGGACAAUGGGGGACAAUUUGUGAUGAUAGAUGGGAUAUAAAUGAUGCUCAAGUUGCUUGUCGUCAGCUUGGUUACAUGGGUGCUAUUAGAAUAUUAACUGGUGGACAAGUGCCAUCUGGGACUGGACUGAUAUUUUUAGAUGAGAUCGAUUGUCUUGGAAAUGAGCAAAAUCUUACCAGCUGCGAUCAUUUGGGACGAGGGGUCCACGAUUGUAGCCAUUCUGAAGACGCGGGAGUGCAAUGUUCUUCAAAGGAUGUCGAUUAUUGUACCUUAAAUUUGGAUAACUGUCACACUAAGUCUCAAUGUAAUAACACUGAUGGGCGUUUUUCGUGCACAUGCAAACAGGGUUAUACUGGAAAUGGUAUUUUUUGCAAUGAUAUCAAUGAAUGUAUAUUUGAAAACAUCUGUAAUUCAAACUCUCUUUGCACCAACACUGAAGGAUCCUACCGAUGCAUAUGUAACAGUGGAUAUAUUGGAAAUGGAACUUUUUGCCAUGACAUUGAUGAGUGUUCUCAGGGCUCCCACAGCUGUAAUUCAAACACAACAUGCAGAAACACUGUUGGGUCAUAUCAAUGUUGUUCCAGACAAACAGGUGGAAGUGGUGUGGCUUGCCGAGACAUGACUGUUAGAUUACAAGGACCAUCCAGGUUAAAUGGUACUGGUCGUGUGGAAAUACGACAUUCAGGAAAAUGGGGAACAAUUUGUGAUGAUAAUUGGGACAUAAAUGAUGCCCGGGUUGCAUGUCGUCAACUUGGUUAUCGGAAUGCUCGUAGAGCUCUUUCAGGAGAAGAUGUUCCUGAUGGUUCAGGACAGAUUUGGUUAGACGAAGUUCGGUGUACUGGAACUGAACAAAAUCUAGAAAGUUGUCCUCACCACCUUGGGGGAUGGGGAAGACAUGACUGUAGUCACUCGGAAGAUGCUGGAGUGGAAUGUAGUUCAGAAGAUGUCGAUUAUUGUUCAUUGGGAUUGCACAACUGUGCGAGUAAUUCCCAAUGUAUUCCCGACACUGGCAGUGGCUUUACAUGCAGAUGUAAUCAAGGUUUUACCGGGAACGGCGUUACUUGCUCUGAUUUCAAUGAAUGUUCAUCAGUAAACAACUGUCACUCGAAUGCUUUGUGCACGAACACUCACGGGUCUUAUCGAUGCACAUGCAAUGGUGGGUUUACUGGAAAUGGAACCAUUUGCGAAGAUAUAGAUGAAUGUUCUGAUUCAACACACCGCUGUCCUUUGGGGACAAGUUGCAACAAUACUAAAGGAUCGUAUCAAUGCUGUAGAACACAAAAUUCUGGAAAUGGUUCUGUUUGCAGAGAUAUGACUCUCAGGUUACAAGGACCGUCCAGGUUAAACGGUACUGGUCGUGUGGAAAUCUUACACAGAGGAAAAUGGGGGACAAUCUGUGAUGAUAAUUGGGACAUAAAUGAUGCUCGCGUUGCAUGUCGUCAACUUGGUUAUCGGAAUGCUCUUGGAGCUCUUCGAGGAUUGCAAGUUCCUGAUGGUUCAGGACAGAUUUGGCUGGACGAAGUUGGUUGUACUGGGAGUGAACAAAAUCUAGAAAGUUGUCCUCACCACUAUCGGGGAUGGGGAAGACAUAACUGCAGACAUUAUCAAGAUGCUGGAGUGGAAUGUACUUCACAAGAUGUUGAUUAUUGCUCCGCGGGGUUGGACAACUGUUGGAAGAAUUCUCAAUGUGUUAACACUGAGAAUGGUUUUACAUGCAUAUGUAGUCAAGGUUUUACCGGGAACGGCCUUUCUUGCUCCGACUUUGAUGAAUGUUCAACAAAAAACAACUGUCAUUUGGAUGCCUUUUGCACGAACACUCCUGGCUCUUAUCGAUGUACAUGUAAUGGUGGAUUUACUGGGAAUGGAAUCGUUUGCCAAGACAUCGAUGAAUGUUCUGAUUCAACACACAAUUGUGCCUCAGAAACAAAUUGCACCAAUACAAAUGGAUCCUAUCAAUGCUGUAGAACAGAAAAUUCUGGAAAUAGUUCUAUUUGCAGAGAUAAGUCAAUCAGGUUAGAAGGACCAUCCCGUUUACAAGGCUUUGGGCGUGUUGAAAUAUUCUAUUCAGGAAAAUGGGGAACAAUUUGUGAUGAUAGUUGGGACAUGAAUGAUGCCCGCGUUGCCUGUCGUCAACUUGGUUAUCGGGAUGCUCUUAGAGCUCUUCAAGGAAGUCAAGUUCCUUCUGGUUCAGGACAGAUUUGGUUGGACGAGGUUGGUUGUACUGGAAAUGAACAAAAUCUAGAAAGUUGUCCUCACCACUAUCGGGGAUGGGGCAGACAUGACUGUAGUCAUUCCGAGGAUGCCGGAGUGCAAUGUAGUUCACAAGAUGUGGAUUAUUGCUCCUUGGGAUUGCACAACUGUGAUCAUUAUUCUCAAUGUAUCGACACUGACAAUGGUUUUACAUGCAGAUGUAAUCAAGGUUUCACUGGGAACGGUGUUUCUUGCUCUGACAUCGAUGAAUGUUCAACGGGGAACUGUCACUCAGAUGCUUCUUGCAGGAACACUCCUGGAUCUUUUAAAUGCACGUGUAAUGGUGGAUUUACUGGAAAUGGAACCUUCUGCCAAGACGAAGAUGAAUGUUCAGAUUCAACAUACAACUGUCCUUUAAAGACAAAUUGCACCAAUACUAAAGGAUCCUAUUCAUGCUGUGAAACACCAAGUUCUGGAAUUGGUUCUAUUUGCAAAGAUGCCACUCUCAGAUUACAAGGACCAAAUAAAUCACGUGGUAUUGGUCGUGUGGAGAUACUAUAUUUGGGAAAAUGGGGGACAAUUUGUCAUAAUAAUUGGGACAUAAAUGAUGCUCGCGUUGCAUGUCGUCAACUUGGUUAUCGGAAUGCUCGUAGAGCUCUUCGAGGAUGGCAUAUUCCUGAUGGAUCUGGAAAAAUUUGGUUGGACAGCGUUGGCUGUACUGGAAAUGAGCAAAAUCUAGAAAGUUGUCCUCACCUCGGUUGGGGAUGGACAUAUUAUUACUGCGGACAUGAUAAAGAUGCAGGAGUGGAAUGUACUUCACAAGAUGUCGAUUAUUGCUCCUUGGGAUUGCACAACUGUAGGGGUAACUCUCGAUGUAUUAAAACUGACAAUGGUUUCACAUGCAGAUGUAGACAAGGUUUUACGGGCGCCUCUUGCUCUGAUAUCAAUGAAUGCUUGUCGCCUGACACCUGUCAUCCAAACGCUACUUGCGUCAAUAAUCACGGAUCUUACCGAUGCACAUGUAAAUAUGGAUAUACUGGGAAUGGAACUAUUUGCCAAGACAUCAAUGAAUGCUCUCAGUCUACUGCCAGGUGUCCUUCAGUCGAAUAUUGCUCCAACAUCCCAGGAUCAUUUCUAUGCUGUAUUAGUGAACCUGGAAGAAACGAAUCGACUUGCAAAGAACCCUCGAUAAAGUUAGAAGGACCAUUGAUUUCAAAUAAUACUGGCCGUGUUGAAGUAUACCAUGAUCGACAAUGGGGGACAAUCUGUGAUAAUAAUUGGGAUAUACAUGAUGCUCAAGUGGCAUGUCGUCAACUUGGUUUCCCUGGUGCUAUUCGAGCAUUGCCCCCCCAUGAAGUGCCCGAUGGUUUUGGUAAGAUAUGGUUAGACAAGCUUGAAUGCACAGGUCGUGAAAACAGUUUAUCUAGUUGCCCUGGUGUUGACUGGUUCGCACGUAAAUUUUCCUGCCACCAUUAUAAAGAUGCCGGAGUAGAGUGUGGUGUAAGAGGUGUUGAUUAUUGUUCCACCGGAUUGCACAGCUGUCAUAGAAAUGCUCAAUGUGUUACAACUGUUGGUGGUGGCUUCUCGUGCAAAUGUAAUCAAGGUUAUACUGGAACUGGCUUUUCUUGCAAUGACAUCAAUGAAUGCUCAUCACCUCACAUCUGUUAUGCGAACGCUCUUUGCACCAACACUCCUGGAUCUUACCAAUGCACAUGUAAAGGUGGAUUCAUUGGAAAUGGAACAGCUUGCGAAGAUUAUGAUGAGUGUUCUAAUUCCGCGCACAACUGUCGUGCAACAGCAACUUGCAGAAACAUUGUUGGCUCAUAUGAAUGUUGUUUUAGACAAUCUGAUGGAAGUGGUGUUACUUGCCAAGAGAUGACUGUCAGAUUGCGAGGACCGUUAAGUUUCAAUGGUACUGGUCGUGUGGAAGUGCGCCUAAAUGGAGAAUGGGGGACAAUCUGUGGUUUUCGUUGGAGUAUAAAUAAUGCUCGAGUAGUUUGUCGUCAACUUGGUUAUCAGAAUGCUCUCAGAGUUCUUCCAAGAUGGCAAGUUCCUGAUGGUUCCGGUAAGAUUUUGCUGGCAAGGGUUCGUUGCACUGGAAACGAGCAAAAUGUGCAAAGUUGUCCACGUGGCUAUCGAACAUGGCUUAGUUACUGCAGUCAUUACUACGAUGUUGGAGUGCAAUGUUCUUACGAAGAUGUUGAUUAUUGUUCCUUGGGACUUCACAACUGUAAUUCUCGUGCUCAAUGCAUUAACGAAACUAAUGGUUUUUCAUGCAGAUGUAAUCCAGGCUAUACAGGCAACGGUGUUUCUUGCAAUGACAUCGAUGAAUGUUCAACGGGGAACUGUCACUCAGAUGCUUUUUGCAGGAACACUCCUGGAUCUUAUCAAUGCACGUGCAAUGGUGGAUUUGCUGGAAAUGGAACCUUCUGCCAAGACGAAGAUGAAUGUUCAGAUUCAACAUACAACUGUCCUUUAAAGGCAAAUUGCACAAAUACUAAAGGAUCCUAUCAAUGCUGUGAAACACCAAGUUCUGGAAUUGGUUCUAUUUGCAAAGAUGCCACUCUCAGGUUACAAGGACCAAAUAGAUCGCGUGGCACUGGUCGUGUGGAAAUAUUCUAUUCAGGAAAAUGGGGAACAAUUUGUGAUAAUGAUUGGGACAUAAAUGAUGCCCGCGUUGCAUGUCGUCAACUUGGUUAUCGGAAUGCUCGUAGAGCUCUUCGAGGAUAUCAAGUUCCUGAUGGUUUUGGAAGGAUUUGGUUGGACAACGUUCGCUGUACUGGAAAUGAACAAAAUUUAGAAAGUUGCCCUCGACUCAAUUGGGGAUGGAGAAGUUAUUACUGCAGACAUUCUGACGAUGCUGGAGUGGAAUGUACUUCACAAGAUGUCGAUUAUUGCUCCUUGGGAUUGCACAACUGUAGGGGUAACUUUGCAUGUAUUAACAUCGACAAUGGUUUCACAUGCAGAUGUAGACAAGGUUUUACGGGCGCCUCUUGCUCUGAUAUCAAUGAAUGCUUGUCGCCUGACAGCUGUCAUCCAAGCGCCAGUUGCGUCAAUACCUACGGAUCUUAUCAAUGCACAUGCAAUGAUGGAUUUACUGGGAAUGGCACCAUUUGCCAAGACAUCGAUGAAUGCUCUCAGUCUACUGCCAGGUGUCUUUCAGUCGAAUAUUGCUCCAACAUCCCAGGAUCAUUUCUAUGCUGUAUUGGCGAACCUGGUCGAAACGAGUCGACUUGCAAAGAACCCUCUAUAAAGUUAGAAGGACCAUUAAUUUCAAAUAACACUGGCCGUGUUGAAGUAUUCCACGAUGGGCAAUGGGGAAGAAUCUGUAGUAGAAAUUGGGAUAUAAGAGAUGCUCAUGUGGCAUGUCGUCAGCUUGGUUUCCCUGGUGCUAUUCGAGCAUUGUCCCCUCAUAAAGUACCCCUUGGCUACGGAAAAAUAUGGUUAGAACGGGUUGAUUGUACUGGUCGUGAGAGAAAUUUAUCUAGUUGCCCCGGUAUUGACUGGGGAAAUCAUAACUGCUACUAUUAUUAUGAAGAUGUAGGCGUAGAAUGUGCUGUAAGAGGUGUUGAUUAUUGUUCCACCGGAUUACACAGCUGUCAUAGAAAUGCACAAUGCAUUACAACUGUUGGAGGUGGCUUCUCGUGCAAAUGCAAUCAAGGUUAUACUGGAACAGGCUUUUCUUGCAAUGACAUCAAUGAAUGUUUAUCUACAAACAUCUGUAAUUCAAACGCUUUUUGCAUUAACACUCCUGGAUCUUAUCAGUGCACAUGUAAAAGUGGAUUCAUUGGAAAUGGAACAGUUUGCGAAGAUCAUGACGAGUGUUCUCAUUCCCCGCACUACUGUCCUUCAAUUGCAACUUGCAGAAACAUUGUUGGCUCAUAUGAAUGUUGUUUUAGACAAUCUGAUGGAAGUGGUGUUAUUUGCCGAGAGAUGACUGUUAGAUUGCGAGGACCGUCAAGACUCAAUGGUACUGGUCGUGUGGAACUGCGCCGUAACGGAGAAUGGGGAACAAUCUGUGCUUUUCGUUGGAGUAUAAAUAACGCUCGAGUGGUUUGUCGUCAACUAGGUUAUCGGAAUGCUCUCAGAGCUCCUCCAAGAUGGCAGGUUCCUUCUGGUUCCGGUAAGAUUUGGUUUGAAAGGGCUCGUUGCACUGGAGACGAGCAAAAUCUGAAAAGCUGUCCACGUGGCUAUCGAUAUCGAUCAUGGAAUAAUUACUGCAGUCAUUACUACCAAGUUGGAGUGCAAUGUUCUAACGAAGAUGUUGAUUAUUGCUCCUCGGGAGUGCACAACUGUAAUCAUCGUGCUCAAUGCAUUAACGAAACAAAUGGUUUUUCAUGCAGAUGUAAUCCAGGCUAUACAGGCAACGGCGUUUCUUGCAAUGACAUCGAUGAAUGUUCAUCUGCAAAAAUCUGUGAUCAGUCAAACGCUGUUUGCACCAACACUCCUGGAUCUUACCAAUGCUAUUGUAAAAGUGGAUUCUUUAAAAAUGGAACUGUUUGCCAAGAUCUGGAUGAAUGCUCUGGUGCGGUUUAUAACUGUCCUGUAAACACAAGCUGUGCCAAUACAGUUGGAACUUAUCUUUGUUGUGAAGAUUCGGUUUGUACAGAGCCACGCAUCAGAUUACAAGGUCCGUUAAUUUCAAAUGGCACUGGUCUUGUGGAAGUAUUACAUGCUGGACAAUGGGGAACAAUCUGUGAUAAUAAUUGGGAUAUACGAGAUGCUCAAGUGGCAUGUCGUCAACUUGGUUAUCUGGGUGCUCUUCAAGCUCUUCGCGGGUACAUGUACAAGGGUUCAGGACGGACAUGGCUAAACUAUGUUAACUGCGCCGGGAAUGAGCAAGAACUGUCCAAUUGUUCUUCUCGAUGGUGGCGACGCCAUUACUGCUAUUAUUACGGCAACGCUGGAGUAAUGUGUUCGUUUGAAGAUGUCGAUUAUUGUUCUUUGGGAUUGCACGACUGUCGGAGUAAUUCCCAAUGUAUUGCCGAUACUGAGAUUGGUUUUACAUGCAGAUGUAAAAAAGGUUUUACCGGGGACGGCGUUACUUGCUUUGAUAUCGAUGAAUGUCUAUCAAUUUACGAUAACUGUUCUUCGGAAGCUUUUUGCACCAAUACUGUUGGAUCCUAUCGAUGUACAUGUCGUAAUGGAUACACAGGAAAUGGAAUUAUCUGUGACGAUGUCGAUGAAUGUUUUCAAAGUAUUCAUGUCUGUCCUCCAAGUUCAAACUGCCAAAACACCGUUGGAUCUUUCCAGUGCUGUUCUAAUCAAAGUGGGAUUUGCCGACCAGGGAAAGUUAUCAGGUUACAAGGACCAUUUAGUUCAAAUGGUACUGGUCGUGUGGAGGUAUUCCAUAAUGGACAAUGGGGAACAGUUUGUGAUGACCGUUGGAAUAUCGAAGAUGCUCGAGUUGCGUGUCGUCAACUUGGUUAUAGCAAUGCUCUCAGAGCUCUUCGCGGUGGCCAAGUUUUACGUGGGUCUGGACAAAUAUGGUUAACCAAUCUUAAUUGCGCUGGAAAUGAGGACAGUCUGUCCAGUUGUCCGCAUGACGCAUGGGGGAACCAUUUCUGCAGCCAUUGGGAAGAUGCUGGAGUUAUAUGUUUAUUAAGAGGUGUUGAUUACUGCUCUCCAGGAUUGAAUAAUUGUCACGAACACGCUCGUUGUAAUAAGCUGAAAACUGCUGCCAGGUUUUCAUGCUCAUGUAAGCCAGGCUUUCACGGAGACGGGACUCGUUGCUAUGAUGAUAAUGAAUGUCCAUCCAUUACCUGUGGUUCAAAUUCUCGAUGCAUUAAUUCUAUUGGAUCUUUUCAAUGCUCCUGCAAUAGUGGAUACACUAGAAACGGGACUAUUUGCCAAGAUAUAGAUGAAUGUUCUCUUUCAACUCACAACUGUCUUCCCACUUUGAACUGCACCAACACUGUUGGAUCUUAUCUAUGUACUUGUGACGAUCAACAAUCCGGAAAUGGCAAAAACUGCAAAGUAGGUAAUUCCAAAAGCGUCAGACUACAAGGACCAUACAGUUUAAAAGGUCUUGGACGUGUUGAAGUACUCCAUAAUGGAACAUGGGGAACAAUUUGUGACGACAAUUGGGAUAUAAAGGAUGCCAAGGUUGUAUGCCGUGAGCUUGGCUAUCUCAAUUCUCUCAGAGCUAUUCCAGGGAGUGAAACUGUUUCUGGUUCUGGACCGAUAUGGUUAGACGGAGUUGAAUGUAAUGGCCGGGAAAAAAAUCUGUCAAGUUGUUCUCAUCCGAACUGGGGAGUCAAUGACUGUACCCACAAUAACGAUGCUGGAGUCGAAUGUACUUUGGAAGAUAUCGAUGAAUGUUUCACAGGGAUGCACAAUUGUGACGGAAAUUCUCGAUGUAAAAGAACUUUUGGGGGACAUAUAUGUUUAUGUAAUCAAGGUUAUACAAGAGAACAUGGAACUUGUACUGAUAUCGACGAGUGCUCAACUCUUAACAACAACUGUGAUUUGAAAGCUUCCUGCAUUAACACGAUUGGUUCUUUUUGGUGCACAUGUAAUGUGGGAUACACUGGAAAUGGAAUAGUGUGUGAAGAUAUAGAUGAAUGUGCUUUGUCUGCUCACAAUUGUCUACAAAGUUCAAAUUGUAGCAACACUGACGGAUCUUAUCUAUGCACAUGCGAUGAUCAACAUGCUGGAAAUGGAUCAACUUGCCAAGUUCAGUCAGGAAACAUUAGGUUACAAGGUCCAUCAAGUUUAAAAGGUGUUGGACGUGUUGAAGUUUUCCGCAAUGGGACCUGGGGGACAGUCUGUGAUGACGGUUGGGAUUUUAAAGAUGCCAGGGUUGCAUGUCGGGAACUUGGUUAUCUGAAUGCCGUUAGAGCUCUUCAAGGCAAACAUGUUUCAUCAGGAUCCGGUCAGGUAUGGCUGAACAAGGUUGGCUGUACUGGUGAAGAGCCAGAUCUGAAUAGCUGUGCGCAUCAAUUGGCGCUAGGAGACCGUUACUGCGGCCAUUCCAGAGAUGCUGGAGUAGAAUGUAUUACAACAGCUACCGGCUACAAUACGUACAUUAUUGGCUCAGACACCCACGGAUAUUUGCACCGUUAUACAUACCAAAAUGUCGAUUUUGUUGGAUUUGCAAAAACCCGUCAAACUGCCCAUUUUCGUUUCAUAAACGGAAACGUUCUUCAGGAAUUGAAAACUGGGAAAUGUCUUCACACCCCAAAGUCAUGGAGGAUGGUUAUUCUCACUCACGAUUGUGAUGGACCAAAUGCAAGACCAAGGUGGUUUUACAAUUCUACCACGAGACAAUUAAAAGCUUUUUCAAUGAAUAAUUUUGCUGGUUUGUGUCUGACUUCUUGGCCAUUUGCCGGUCCAAUUAACCUGCACGCUUUCGCUGGUUUGUCACAUUGUCACAUAAGAAGCAAGAAUUCACUGAAAUUAGAUAUCGAUGAAUGCUUUUUGAAAAUGGACAACUGCGACAAAAAUUCCAGGUGUAUUAACACUGUUGGUGGUUUUUCAUGCGAGUGUAAUCCAGGUUAUACUGGAAGUGGCAUUAAUUGCACUGAUAUAGACGAAUGUUCUCUAUCUACUGACAACUGCCUUCCCAAUUCAAGCUGCAUCAACAUGGAGGGGUCUUAUCAAUGUAUUUGUGAUGAUCAAGAAACUAGAAAUGUAACUUCUUGCAAGGGAAAAGAUAUCAGGUUAAAAGGACCAUUAAGUUCAAAUGGAACUGGUCUUGUGGAAGUAUUCCAUAAUGGACAAUGGGGAACAAUUUGUGACUAUAACUGGAAUAUACAUGAUGCUCUUGUUGCAUGUCGUGAACUUGGCUAUUUGUAUGCUGUUAGAGCUUUUGAAAGAAGGCGCGUUCUAUUUGCAUCUAAGCCGAUUUGGUUCGACGAUGUCGAUUGUACGGGAUAUGAACCAAAACUGUCUAGUUGUUUUCGCGACGUUCGAGGAAGGAGGGGUUAUAACUGCACCCAUGAAAAAGAUGCUGGAGUAGAGUGUACCUCAACAGAUUUAGAUGAAUGUCUGAGCAGUUGGCGAUGUGGCUGGAAUGCUACAUGUAUUAACACUUGGGGAAGUUUCAUAUGUCAAUGUAACACUGGUUAUACUGGAAAUGGUUUGGUCUGCAAUGAUAUCGAUGAAUGUUCUUUAUCAUUGGACAAAUGUCUGCCUAGCUCAAAUUGCACCAACACUGCUGGAUCGUAUUUUUGCAGUUGUGACAAGGGAUAUUUUUGGAAUGGAUCCGCUUGCCGUGCAAUGUCUGUCAGGUUACAAGGGGCAUCAAGUUUUAAUGGUUCUGGUCUCGUGGAGGUUUUCUACGAUGGACUGUGGGGAGCAGUCUGUGGGGAUGGCUGGGAUAGGAAUGCUGCCGAGGUUGUGUGUCGAGAACUUGGUUAUGAUCAUGUUUUAAACGUUCUUAAAAGUCAAACACAACAAAACGUUUCAACAGCUAUGUGGUUGGGAAAAAUAUCUUGUACUGGUAAUGAAAAAAAUAUAACCAGUUGUUCACACGACGGCUGGACAAACCAUACAUGUAGCAAUUCCGAAUUCGCUGCUGUUGAAUGUUUAAAAGAUAUAGAUGAAUGUUCUCUUUCAACUCACAACUGUCUUCCCACUUUGAACUGCACCAACACUGUUGGAUCUUAUCUAUGUACUUGUGACGAUCAACAAUCCGGAAAUGGCAAAAACUGCAAUGGUUAUUCCAAAAGCCUCAGAUUACAAGGACCAUCGAGUUUAAAAGGUCUUGGACGUGUUGAAGUAUUCCAUAAUGGAACCUGGGGGACAAUUUGUGACGACAAUUGGGAUAUAAAGGAUGCCAAGGUUGUAUGCCGUGAGCUUGGCUAUCUCAAUUCUCUCAGAGCUAUUCCAGGGAAUGAAACCGUUUCUGGUUCUGGACCGAUAUGGUUAGACGGAGUUGAAUGUAAUGGCCGGGAAAAAAAUCUGUCAAGUUGUUCUUUUCCAAAUUGGGGAGUCAAUGACUGCACUCACAAUAACGAUGCUGGAGUCGAAUGUACUUUGGAAGAUAUCGAUGAAUGUGCCUUAGAAAGUCACACGUGUGGCAGGAAUUCACGAUGUAAAAGAACAUUUGGGGGACAUUUAUGUUUAUGUUAUCCAGGUUAUACAAGGGAACAUGGAACUUGCACUGAUAUCAACGAGUGCUUAACUCUUAACAACAACUGUGAUUUGAAAGCUUUCUGCACCAACACGAUGGGUUCUUUUUGGUGCACGUGUAAUGUUGGAUACACUGGAAAUGGAAUAGUGUGUGAAGAUAUAGAUGAAUGUGCUCUGUCUGCUCACAAUUGUCUACAAGGUUCAAAUUGUACCAACACCGAUGGAUCUUAUCUAUGCACAUGCGAUGAUCAACAUGCUGGAAAUGGAUCAACUUGCCAAGUUCAGUCAAGAAACAUUAGGUUACAAGGUCCAUCAAGUUCAAAAGGUGUUGGACGUAUUGAAGUUUUCCGCAAUGGGACCUGGGGGACAGUCUGUGAUGACGGAUGGGAUUUUAAAGAUGCCAGGGUUGCAUGUCGGGAACUCGGUUAUCUCAACGCUGUUAGAGCUCUUCAAGGCAAACAUGUUUCAUCAGGAUCUGGUCAAAUAUGGCUGAACAAGGUUGGCUGUACUGGUGAAGAACCAAAUCUGAACAGUUGUGCGCAUCAAUUGGCGCUGGGAGACAGUUACUGCGGCCAUUCCAAAGAUGCUGGAGUAGAAUGUGUUACCACAGCUGCCGGAUACAAUACGUACAUUAUUGGAUCAGAAAACUUUGGAUAUUUGUACCGUUAUACAUAUCAAAACGUCGAUUUUCUUGACUUUUCAUGGACUCGUACACCUGGCCAUUUUCGUUUCAUUAAUCAAAACGUUCUGCAGGAAUUGAAGACUGGAAAAUGCUUUCAUAAUCCAAGGACAUGGAAUGCUGUUCUUCUCACGCACGAUUGUGAUGGACCAAAUGCAAGACCAAGGUGGUUUUACAAUUCUACCGCGAGACAAUUAAAAGUUAUUUCAAUGGAUCGUGUUUUUGGAUUGUGUCUAACUGCUUCGCGAUAUCGUGGUUUCAUUAACAUGGAAGCUUUCGCUGGUUUGUAUGUUUGUCGCAUGAAGAACAAGAUUUCACUGAAAUUAGAUAUCGAUGAAUGUUUUUUGAAAAUGGACAACUGCGACAAAAAUGCCAGGUGUAUUAACACUGUUGGUGGUUUUUCAUGCGAGUGUAAUCAAGGUUAUACUGGAAGUGGCAUUAAUUGCACUGAUAUUGACGAAUGUUCUCUGUCUACUGACAACUGCAUUUCCAAUUCAAGCUGCAUCAACACUGAUGGAUCUUAUCAAUGUAUUUGUGAUGAUCAAGAAGCUGGGGAUGAAACGUCUUGCAAAGGAAAAGAUAUCAGGUUAAUAGGACCAUCAAGUUCGAAUGGAACUGGUCGUGUGGAAGUUUUCCAUAAUGGACAAUGGGGAAGAAUUUGUGAUUAUUACUGGAAUAUACAUGAUGCUCUUGUUGCAUGUCGUCAACUUGGCUAUUUGAAUGCUGUUAGAGCUUUUCAAAAAAGGCGCUUUCCAUUUGCCUCCGUGCGGAUUUCGUUACACCAUGUUAAUUGCCUUGGGUAUGAGCAAAAUCUGUUUAGUUGUUCUCGCCACAUUCGAGAAGAAGGAGGACAUGUCUGCUCCCAUAGAGGCGAUGCUUCGGUAGAAUGUACUUCAACAGAUCUAGAUGAAUGCCGUACCGAAAGGCGAUGUAUUGGUUCCAAUACUAAAUGUAUUAACACUUGGGGAAGUUUCAUAUGUCAAUGUGAAACUGGUUAUACAGGAAAUGGUUUGGUCUGCAAUGAUAUCGAUGAAUGUUCUCUAUCAUUGGACAAUUGUCUGCCUAGCUCAAAUUGCACCAACACUGCUGGAUCUUAUUUUUGCAGUUGUGACAAGGGAUAUUUUUGGAAUGGAUCCGCUUGCCAUGCAAUGUCUGUCAGGUUACAAGGGCCAUCAAGUUUAAAUGGUUCUGGUCUCGUGGAGGUUUUCUACGAUGGACUUUGGGGAGCAGUCUGUGGUGAUGGCUGGGAUAGGAAUACUGCUGAGGUUGUGUGUCGGGAACUUGGUUAUGCUCAUGCUUUAAACGUUCUUAAAAGACAAAUACUGCAUAAUGUCUCAACAGCAAUGUGGUUGGGAAAAAUAUCUUGUACUGGUCAUGAAAAAAAUAUAACCAGUUGUUCACACGACGGCUGGACAAACCAUACUUGUAGCAAUUCCGAAUUCGCUGCUGUGGACUGUUUAAAAGAUAUAGAUGAAUGUUCUCGAGAUUUGGACAACUGCGGUGUUAAUUCUCAUUGUAUUAACACAGUUGGAAGUUUUGAGUGCAUAUGUAAUCAUGGUCGCACGGGAGACGGAGUUAGUUGCAAAGAUAUUAACGAGUGUAUCGAACAAGAGGUGUCUUGUGAUUCAAAUGCAGAUUUUUUAAACACAGAUGGAUCGUUUGAGUGCAGAUGCAAAGAGGGCUUCACAGGAGAUGGGGAUAAUUGUGAAGCAGAAGAAGAAAUUCUUCACCGGAAAUCAGGAUCACCUGGAAACAAAUUUUCGUCUUUUCCAAACUUCGCUUAUAUCAUUGUUGGUCUAAUUUUAUUACUUGGAAUAAUAAUCCUGGUAAUAUUGAUACGAAGACGACGCACACGAUCGCAAAGACCAUUCCAUGAUAAUGAAAAUUUACAGUUGGUGUCAAAAGAAGAUUUACAUUCUGGAAUUGGUGACAACAAUAAGAAUCAAGGUUCAGCUGUUGGUAAAACUGUCAAAGAGAGUGAUGAAAGAUGUGAGCUAAUAGAUCAAGAUGAACUCAAUAAAGUCACUGAAUGCUAGAGCAUUUGAAGUUUUGAAAAAGUGAUCAUUAUAUAAAAAGUGGUCAUUUAACGCUGUUUUAGAUAUCACUGAA